GAACAGGAGGGGAAGGAAGAGGAGGAGCCCGAACAGGAAGAAGAAGAGGAGAAUAGGAGGCAUCCGCCGCCGCUCGCUGAGUCCACAGCGCCCCUGGGCCCGACUGCAUCUCAUCCCCCCGCAUUCCGCAGGAUUUCCCAUUCCCAAACCUUGGCCGGAUGGAGGAAGAGGCUGCAAGGAAGAGGAAGAUGCCCCAGGACACCCAGGCAGACAACGAGCUGAGCACGGAGCCCAGGGAGGACAAAUCUCCAUGGCAGAACCUGGUGGAAGAGGCCGUUUUUAGUGGCUCCACGGCGCAGGAAUCCAACGGGGAGGAAAAGCCCUGGAGAUCCCGCAGGAGGAGGGGCUGCAGACGCAGCCCAGGGAGCUCUGAGGCAGAAAGACCCACCCUGUUCCAGGAAGGCGGCUGGAGAUCCAGCCAGAGCUCGGAGCUGGGGGUCCAUGAGCAGCUUCAUGAUGGGGAGAAGCCCUACAAAUGCUUGGAAUGUGCAAGGAGUUUCAGCAAGAGAUCCCGCCUGGUCCGCCACCAGACAAUCCACACGGGGGAACGGCCCUAUGAGUGUGGAGAAUGUGGAAAGGGCUUCAGAGACACCUCCGACCUGAUCCGCCACCGGACAGUCCACACCGGGGAACGGCCCUACGAGUGUGGAGAAUGCGGGAGGGGCUUCAGCAUCAGCUCCCACCUGAUCACCCACCAGAGGAUCCACACUGGGGAACGGCCCUACGAGUGUGGAGAAUGUGGGAAGAGCUUCAGCCUGAGCUCCAGUUUGAAACGCCACCAGAGGAUCCACACUGGUGAACGGCCCUAUGAGUGUGGGGAAUGUGGGAGGGGCUUCAGGAAGAGCUGCCACCUGAUCCGCCACCAGAUGAUCCACACUGGAGUACGACCCUACAAGUGUGGGGAAUGUGGGAAGAGCUUCCGUGACAGCUCUGGCCUGAUCAUGCACCAGACAGUCCACACUGGGGAAUGCCCCUACAGGUGUUCAGAAUGUGGGAAGAGCUUCAGCCAGAGAUACAGCCUGACCUCCCACCAGAAGAUCCACACCAGGGAGAGGCCCUAAGAGUGUCACGAACGUGGGAAGAGCUUUUCACAGAGCUGUCACUUGACCCAACACCAACAGAGCCACCAGUAAGGGAAGCCUGUGGGUCCGCUGAGUGCAGGAAGAUCUUUGUGCACUGCUCCAACUCCAUCCCCCUUUGGAGGACCCCUGUUAGAUGAUGCACAGUGCCCCCCCUUGGGCAGAGAGUUGGUGAUCCAUGCUCCUGGUGAUCCGUGUUGGGAUCAUCCUGGCUGGUGGUCUCCACAUCUGCCUGGCUCCCUGUGGGCACCUGGAUGCAGCAGGACAAAAAUCCACUGGGAUGCAGACUGAUGUCAGGAAUUCAUUGGGGACAGCAUUUUUUUUUUACUUUUGACCCCAAAAACUCUCACCUUUUGCAUCCAAUAAUUUCUUCUGGUGGCAUCAAGGAAUACUGGAUGGUCUUGGAGGUCUUUUUCAACCUAAAUCAUUCCAUAAUUCUAAUUCUCUCUGGCCCACAGGCAUCUUCCACAGCCAAACCGUGAUGGACUGGGGCAAAAAGCAAGAUUUUGGAGACAAUGGAGUGGAAACCUCUCUAAAAAAGGUUCUUCCCACCCACUCAAGCACAUGGAUACUCAGCCAGCAUGGACACGUAAAUCCUUUUAUUUUAGCCUUGAUUUUGUUUUCAUUCUUCUUCAUCUCUUCACCCAACAUUGGGGUAAAAAUAAAGACAUGGAACUAAAA